AUGAGGAGAAUUCCUAAGGUGAUUAUUAUCGGAGUGAAAAAGUGUGGAACCAGGGCUCUCUUGGAAUACCUAAAACUUCACCCUUUGAUAAAAGCCCCAGGGCCGGAGCCGCACUUCUUUGACAGAAACUACCACCGUGGACUUGACUGGUACAGAUCAAAAAUGCCAGCAACAAACGACCACGAGAUCACCAUUGAAAAGACUCCACGGUAUUUCGUGUCUCAAGAUGUGCCAGAAAAAAUAUACAAUUUGUCACCAAAUGUCAAAUUGGUAGUAGUUAUACGUGACCCCGUUGUUAGAGCAAUAUCAGAUUUCACUCAGGCAGUAAGUAAAAAUGAGGUGAAAUCCAACCAGACCUUUCGUAGGAGAGUUCUACGUAGAGAUGGUGACAUCAAUACGCAUUCGUCAAUCGUUAAAACGGGUAUUUACGUUCGCUACCUCACAACUUGGUUCCAGUAUUUUGGUAGAAGUAACAUCCAUAUUGUGAGUGGUGAGGAUCUUAUAGCCAAUCCUCUUGGCGUUUUAGAAACCGUGCAAGACUUUAUAGGUGUUCAAAGGGAGAUAGAUGGGAACUUGAUUUAUUUCAACAAAACGCGUGGAUUUCCUUGCAUAAGGAUGUUAAAACGGAACAAUACAGCAAAGUGUUUUGGUGCAACUAAAGGAAGAAACCACGUACAAACUGAUUCAGCAACACUUAAACGUCUGUAUGACUUUUAUCGUCCCUAUAAUCAGUAUUUGUUUAAAUUUAUGAACAAGACCUUUGAAUGGAAUGUGCUACAAAAGAUCAUUAACUAA